AAUCCCGCUCAGAUCAGCCCUAGAUCAGAGAGGGAAAGAGAGUUCAUUGACACACAGAGAGCUCGAAUAUGGAGAAAAUAUGCGUUGCUGUUCGAUUGAGACCAUCUGUGUCUCAAGAUUCACUCCAUGGAAUGUAUUGGAAGAUUGACCACAAUCGAAUUUCGCUUCACAGACCUCACGGCACACCAAUCUCCGGCAAUUCAUAUGCUUUUGAUCAUGUGUUGGAUGAAAGUUGUACCAACGGCAGUGUUUAUGAACUCGUUGUUCGGGAUAUCAUCCAUGCUGCAGUUGAAGGUUUUAAUGGAACUGCUUUCGCUUAUGGACAGACCAGCAGUGGAAAAACUUUCACCAUGAAUGGUUCUGAAACCGACGCCGGAGUUAUUCACAGAGCAGUGAAAGACGUGUUCGAAAAAAUUCACGCGACGUCAGAUCGAGAAUUUCUGAUUAGAGUUUCUUACAUGGAAAUUUAUAACGAGGAAAUCAAUGAUCUAUUUGCCGUUGAGAACAAUAAAUUGCCAAUUCAUGAGAGCUUGGAGCGCGGGAUAUUUGUUGCCGGUCUCAAGGAGGAAAUUGUCAGUAAUGUUGAUCAAGUAUUAAAGCUCAUCAAGCAGGGUGAAGUAAACAAACACUUUGGUGAAACAAAUAUGAAUGCGAGGAGCAGUAGGUCACACACGAUAUUCAGAAUGGUAAUUGAAAGCAAGGGGAAGGAAAUUGGUGAAAAUUUGAGUGCGGAUUCAAUACGCGUUUCUGUAUUGAAUUUGGUAGACCUAGCGGGGUCUGAGCGUAUUGCUAAGACUGGGGCUGAAGGAACACGUUUGAAAGAAGGGAAGCAUAUCAAUAAGAGUUUAAUGAUUCUUGGGAAUGUUAUUAAUAAGUUAAGCGAGGGGGUUAGGCAGAGAGGGCACAUUCCCUAUCGAGACAGUAAGCUAACGCGCAUACUUCAACCAGCUCUGGGUGGCAAUGCUAAAACUUCAAUAAUAUGCACCAUAGCUCCAGAAGAGGUACAUAUAGAGGAAACAAAAGGAACUCUUCAGUUUGCUAGCAGAGCGAAGCGGAUCACCAAUUGUGUUCAAGUGAAUGAGAUUUUGACAGAUGCAGCGUUAUUGAAGCGUCAAAAUCAAGAGAUAGAGGAACUGCGUAAAAAACUUCAGGGAUCACAUGCGGAAGUACUUGAGCAGGAGGUUUUGAAAUUAAGGAACGAUUUAUUGAAGUUUGAACUUGAGCGUGAGAAGUUGCAAAUGGAACUUCAAGAGGAAAGGAACUCACAUAAAGAACGCGAUCAACGUAUCAGGGAGCAGCAGAUGAAAAUAGAAAGUCUCAAUAAUCUUGUCAAUCUUUCGGAGUCUCUACAAAGCUCCAAUCAAAGUCGAGAACAAGAUUCUGUGAAAAACACUCAAAGGGAAGAUUUUGGUGGUAGUUGUAAUAAAAGCCACGAAGAUGGAUUUGUAACACCUUGUUUCAAGGCACCUCCUAAUGCCUUUGUUGCCAAGCGAUCUGAUUACUCUAUCCCUCCUGAGUUUAGUCCUCUUCCAGAUGCUUUCAGUAAUGUUGCAGAUGAAGAUGCUUGGUUGAAAUUGAAUAAAGGUUUUGUAGCGGACCUUGAUUCACUUCAAACGACUCCUGCAAGAAAAGUGCAAUCGUUUCCAUUCAAUGAAAUAACUCCUGGUCAGGGUCUCACCAAUGAGAAUCAUAAACAAGAAAUUCAAAAUCUUGAGAGACAACUAGAGCAUGCCAUCAUGGAGAAAAAUAAACUUCAGGAAAAGCAUGAGGAGCAAAUUCUUGUGAACAAGAAAGUAAUGGCAGAGAUAUCAGAGAUUAAACAAAAACAACGAGUAAUCGAGGAACUUCAGGAAAAGUUUUCCAAUUCUUUGGCAAUGUGCAAAGAAGUUUACAUGGAAAUCCGAUCUUCUCUCCAGAGUGCCAAAGAUGACGAGAACCCCUCAACAAAAAAAAUUCUAUCAAGCACCAGUGAAAUUGGAACGUGUCUUUUUACUACUCUGGAGGCUCAUCUAUCUACCGCCAUCAAUGAUUCACUUAUUCAAGAACAAUAUGACGUACUUCGUGGGAGCAUAAACAACAUAAUGGAAUCCCUUGUGUUAUCAGAAACAUCAAAGGGGUGUGCUGAAGAUGACUUUUUGAAGGAAAGUUUGAGUAUUGAACUUGAUGAUGUUAAGGAAAGAUGCCACGGCCUUGAGAAAGAGCUAGAUUCCAACAACCAACGUUUGGAACUAUCCAAGCAACAAAAUGACAACUUAGAAAGAGAGUUGAAACUUAUGAAAGAUGAAAGAGAUUCUUUACGUAAAAUGGUGUCAGAAUGUAUUCAAAAGCUAGAGAUGGAGAAAGAUCUGAAAGAAAGUGCAUUAAAGGAACUGAACAGUGAAGUCCAGAGACGAAGAGAUUUAGGAGAAGGAAUUAAGCGAUUUAGUGCAGCAUUUGCCUCUCGACACAAGUCAUUCAUGUCAUUCAACAGUGAGAUAAUGUCCAAAACUGAGGAGUUGAGGACUAAUAAUUGGGUUGUUGUUCCUGUUCCCAAAUCUCUUGGGGGUUGAAAAUUUGCUCAUUGCUUUUUAAUUAUUGAAUUUGUGGAUGUUUGUUUAUCGUGUGUUGUAUAAUGUCUCCGGUACAAGAAACUCCAAACGAAUUGAACUGAUCAUUCACCUCCUUGGAUUAUGAAUGAAAUAUAUAUUUGUAUUGAUCUCAA